AAACUUUUUUUGCCAGGGUUUUUUCUAAACGGAAUUCUAAUAUUCAGAGCAUUUGGAAAGGAAUCGAAUGGAAUCGGAUUAUAUUAUCCAAGAAGAUAAUCUCAAAAAUAACCAGGUUUAAUGUUUUGCCAUGGCGCGAUGGUUUGCGAGGCACGUGACAGACUCCAUCCAAUCACGGCGCGGCAACGACAGCCAUGUCUUCUUUGUUCUGGAUUUAUCAACAUUACUGACUAAUUACAAGUUUACAGUUUAUGGAUUUUUUUUAAGAUCGCGUCUUUAAUCGCUAAGGAAAUGCCUUCGUUUGCAAUGUAUCUUAAAAAGAAGACUUGUUUUCAGGAUACCCCGCUUAAAACCAGGUUAAAUCGCGCGAGUAGUUGUGUGGGUUGUCACGUGACUCUACCUGCCCCCACUUCGAUCCAAUGAAUGGAGAAGAAGAAGAAGAAGUCGGACAUGUUUGAGGGAAAUGUGUUGAAUAAAGAAACGUGGCUGAAGACGAGAAGAAAAUCAGGAUUUUAUCCAACAAUGAGGAAUUCGACAUAUCUUGCUCUUCCUUUUUAUAUUCAGUUCACUUAAUCUGGAUAGAGCUCUCUGGGCGGGGGCGACGGCAUGCAGGGGGUCACCAUGAUGGAGCAUACCAUCUCCACUCCCGGCAAACGCAUCCGCAAGCCGUCGCUGCUGUACGAGGGCUUUGAAGGACCUGCCCUGCCCCAGGUUCCUCAAUCCGGGCCCCCUCAAACCCUUGUGCGGGACCCCGUUCGUCAGGGCCGCAUGACCAACCAACUGCAGUUCCUCCAGAAGGCUUUGCAGAAGACGCUGUGGAGGCAUCACUUCGCCUGGCCUUUCCAUGAGCCGGUGGAUGCUACCAAGCUCAACCUGCCUGAUUAUUACAAAAUCAUUAAACAGCCCAUGGAUAUGGGGACUAUCAAGAGAAGACUAGAACACAAUUAUUACCGCAGUGCCAGCGAGUGCUUGCAGGAUUUCAACACCAUGUUUACCAACUGCUACAUCUACAACAAGCCAACAGAUGACAUCGUCCUGAUGGCUCAGUCUCUGGAGAAGGCUUUCCUGCAGAAGGUUGCACAGAUGCCCCAAGAGGAGGAAGAGAUUCCUGCACCUGUCCCUAGGGGCAAACAGGGCAAACCUAAAAAAGGCCACAAAUCAAUCUCAGGUGGAUUCACGACAGCUCAUCAGGUUCCUGCUAUAUCUUCCGUGUUCCAGUCGGCCUACUCCCCUCCCACUCCAGACACCCCAGACUCGGUCUUCUCCACCCCACCGCAGAUGCUUAUAACUAAGACUUUGCCUCUCACUUCACACAGCACCCCUGCACUGAUGGGUCUGCCCCCUACCCAACCGACUGCAAAGAAAAAGGGUGUCAAGCGCAAGGCAGACACGACCACCCCCACCACCACAGGCAUGGCGCUCACUAUGGGUGUAGGUGGGAUGGGUCUCGGCAUGGGCGGAGGUGACUCCCCACUCACCCUCUCCGCUUUGGUUGCCGACCCCACACAGAGCCUGUCCCUCGGCCUGGGCCUGGGCAUGGGCCUUGGUGGAGGCCUGGUUGGAGACAAAGUACCGGCAAGACGAGGUGGCAGUGGCAGGCCCAUCAAACCCCCACGGAAAGACUUGCCCGACUCCCAGAACCAACAUCAGCCGGUGCGGCGCGGGAAGCUAAGCCAGCAGCUACGGUACUGUAGCACGAUUCUCAAAGAGCUGCUGUCGAAGAAGCACGCGGCCUACGCCUGGCCCUUCUACAAGCCGGUGGAUGCUUCCUCACUGGGACUGCACGACUAUCAUGAUAUAAUCAAGUAUCCCAUGGAUCUAAGCACAAUUAAGAGGAAAAUGGAUCAUCGGGAGUACAGGGAUGCGUUGCAGUUUGCUGCAGACAUCAGGCUAAUGUUCUCAAACUGUUACAAGUACAAUCCCCCAGAUCACGAUGUGGUGGCCAUGGCUCGAAAAUUACAGGAUGUCUUUGAGUUCCGCUUCGCCAAGAUGCCAGAUGAGCCUUUGGAGUCCCUCCCACCUGCGUCCCUGGGCGGCGGCCUGGGCGGUCACUCCUCCUCUUCCUCCUCCUCUUCCUCGUCCUCGUCGGAGAGCGACGUGAGCAGCGAGAGCGAGAGCAGCCCGAGCUCUGACAGUGAGGAGGAGAGAGCGCAUCGCCUGGCCCAGCUUCAGGAACAGGUGUGUACACAGUUGAGGGCGGUGCACGAGCAGCUGGCUGCGCUGUCCUCUACACCCAUCAUCAAGCCCAAGAAGAAGAAAGACAAGAAGAAAAAGAAGAAGCUGGAAAAACACAAGCGGGCCAGGAGUAUGAUGGAGGACGAGGUACUCGUCCGGCCGCCAAAAACGCCAAAACUCUCCAAGACACCAAAGAGCAGGCGCAACAGCAAAGCAGCCAGCUCCACUCAGGGCAAGAAGGGCUCCAAUAAGAAGAGCAGCAAGAGCAAAUCCUCAAAGAAAUCUCAAGCCCCCUCUUUUAACUCUCACCAAAUGAGCCAAGGCGGUCUUACGCCACACUACGACUCUGAGGAGGAAGAGGAGACCAGCCCCAUGAGUUAUGAUGAGAAGCGGCAGCUCAGUCUGGACAUCAACAGGCUGCCGGGCGAGAAACUGGGCCGCGUCGUUCACAUCAUCCAAUCGCGAGAGCCCUCGCUGCGUGACACCAACCCCGAGGAGAUCGAGAUUGACUUUGAGACGCUCAAGCCGUCCACGCUGCGUGAGCUGGAGCACUACGUCAUGAUGUGUUUACGCAAGAAACCACGGAAACCUGGCGUGGCUGUCAAAGGCGCUGCAGGAAAAUCCCGUGAGGAGCUGACUCUGGAGAAGAAGAGAGAGCUGGAGAGACGACUGCAGGACGUCAGCGGCCAGCUCAACUCCGGCAAGAAACCACAGAAAACCAAAGUGGAGAAGCCCACUGGGGUGGAGGCUCAUGCCAUGGCGUCUCGUCUCAGCGCCAGCAGCUCCAGCUCCGACUCCUCCUCCUCAUCCUCCUCUUCCUCCUCCUCUGACACCAGUGACUCAGACUGAAAGAAUGGACAUCAAAUAAAACAUGCACUCCAUCUCAGAAUAGAAUAAAGUUCUGCUCUUAGUAACAGUAACUAAUGAGGUGUUUAAAGAAGAGCAGUGUUUCUCUUUAGAUGUGUAGAAGCAGGUCACAGAGAAUUCUGAGAAAUGCUGGACGGAGAAGGAACUGACGGAAAAAGCAGACCAGGGCAUCGUCCUUUCUGUUAGUCCAUCCUUCUUUACUUUGUGUAUAUACAUGUACAAAGAUAUAUAAAUAUCUAUUUUUCUUUUAUAAAGAAGAAUUUUAAGCAAUUCCCUGGUAGGGAAGAAAACUCAAAUCUGACUUUUUCUUUUGUAAAUAUUUUGUUGCUUUUUUUCACUCUCUCUCUCUCUUUUCGUUUGACCUUUUAGUAGUUGGUCCUUAAGAAAACAAAAGGCUUGGAGUGGAAACUGCUGUCACUUUUGUUUGCAUGAGUGAGUGUGUGAUGUGUGCCAUUGAAUCCCGUGGUUUCCUAUUUACACACUGCACAUACAUGGAUGUGUUGGCGCUUGGUUGUGCAUUUGAAUGAAAAGAACAAAGCUCCACCUGUUCAAAUGGCAUCUGUUCACCCAGAAGUUAUGAGAACAGGAAGUUACGUCACCAGUCUCUGUCCGAUGGGCGAGAUCUUGGCUUUAGUGGCGUGUUUAAACUUGAAUCUGAUAACUCUCCAUCCAGCCUGCUUUAUUCCCAUGGUCAAAUGAAUGAGUUCAAAUCUCCAGUGUUUUAUAUACAGACAUGCAGAAUCUUGCUCUUUGAAUUCAGCUGGACCACAUGAGCAUUUAUUUUUUUUGGAUGCAUAAAUAAUUUUUAUGUUCAUGUGGUUUCGGUCACGAUUUCUAGAGCAUAACAGAGUCUUAGAUGCACUAUGAGAGGUACACAGCUGCUUAAUUAGGUGUUGAUGUGAAUACUGUUUGUAAAUCUUGGUUUUUGAGUUUUAGUCUUGUUUUAGUGUGUUUAUUAUUAUUCGCCCAGAGAGUUAAUGCACAAUUUAUGGUUUUAACAAAGUGAAAAACCCUCAUAUUUAGAAAUUAAAUACUUGGAAAUAUAGUUUCAGUUUCAUAACACAACAAUAACAACCAAAUUUGACGCUUGUAUUUUUUUUCUUCUUCCAAAAUGUGUACAUAUGUAACAGUUUCAUGACCUCGCAGCUUGCAUCUGUCAAUAUGACCUGAUUUCUGUUUCCUGCAUUUUUGUUUUUCUUUGUUUACUACUGUCCUCAGCUCUUCUCUUUAGUGUUGUGGCUGUUUUUUUCCACAGCUUGUUGUGUAUUUUUAAGAAAACAGCAAAACAUAACCAUGAAAUGAAACCUCAAGCUGUAAGCAUCAUCUCAACCGAUGCUUCAUGCGAUCAUUAUUCUCAUUUGGAAAAUGUCACGUUAAUAAAGAGGGUGAGAUGUCCUUAAAACAAA